UUCAUCGUUCAGGACGACGCAACCAUCAAGAACAGCAUCUUAGCUGAAGCUCAGGCUGAGGGCAACCACUGCCGCGGACCUUGCACUCCCGAGAACGUGUGGUGGGAAGAUGUAUGCGAGGACGCUGCUAUGUUUAAGCAACCCACUGGCGAUGCAGACAAACCCUUCCAAUUCAACGACCGCGGCACAGUCAGUAUCAGGAACUUCUUCGCCGAAGACUGUAGAAAAGAGAUUCUGUCGAACUGCGGCGACUGCACCGCCAACGGCGGACCCCGCAAUAUCAUCAUCGAGGGUGUGACGGCCAGGGAUGGCGGCGUGCUAUGCGGUAUCAAUACGAACUACGGCGACACUUGCAACAUUAUCAACUCAUGCCAGAGCAACACCAGGAGUUGCGAUCGUUACAAGGGCAUUGUGAAGGGCAAUGGUAACUGAGCAAGCUGGGCUCUGGUCCUGAUGGUACCCGCUACACUGCUAUAUGUACCUCUUCGCUCGUUCAUAUGAAUACGUCUGUACAUACAUUUGCAACGCGGACCAGACGUCGUCCGAAGGGGUUGUUGGCUGUGGUGAGUGAGUUGACAGACAAGCGUACACAACGGACAACAUCCACCGAAAUAACGCUGGCGAACGGUCCAUACGCAGAGGCAGAGGUAGCAUGCAAAUCAGCCCACGUGUUAGCACAUGUUUAUCUCCGAAGAAAAUAUGCGGCGAUGGCGAAUGGGAUGGGCAUAUGCAGUUCAGGUUGGAACUUGUUAGAGAUGCAGUGAACCGAUUAAGUUCUUCAG